GAGGAAGAUGGCACAGGAGAACCCCAAAAUGCACAACUCGGAGAUAAGCAAACGCCUCGGGGCGGAAUGGAAACUUUUAACGGACACGGAGAAGCGGCCAUUCAUCGAUGAGGCCAAACGGUUGCGGGCCGUACACAUGAAGGAAUAUCCCGACUACAAAUACAAACCUCGGCGUAAGACCAAAGCUCUCCUCAAGAAGGACAAUCCCGUCGGUAAAUAUCCUCUCGCAGCCGGCAACCUGCUGGCAUCAGCCAUGGCACAGGGACAAAGUGGGAGCCCGAGAAUGGACGGCUAUGGCUGGGGUCACACCGGUGGUUAUAUGGCAAUGCAGGGUGAAGCACUCGGAUACCCGCAACAACUGCACCGGUACGACCUGUCGGCUCUCCAGUACCCGUCGGCACAGACGUACAUGAACGGCGCCAGCUCUUACAGGUUUCUUUUAUCAAA